UACUACAAUAACGAAAGUACAGAUAAUUGACGGAAAAUUCACAAGAAAACGAAAGAAAAAAGUAAUAAUGGCAACAGCUCUGAUCGGAAAGACUGACGUAGGAGUGAAAGAGUUUGGUAGAGAUGUAGAGGUAGCCGAGAACCCGACAGCCAAGCUAAUGUACUACCUGGACAGUAUCUGCUAUGUCCUGAACAUCGAGAAAACCGAGCGGAAUAUCCGUAAACUUCGGGACUACCAGAACUACAGGAGACUCAGUGACGAGGAGAUCAACAACCUCAUCGUACUAUGCGUUCUGUUUUCGCCGGACGUACUCCUCGGCAAAUGUAUUUUCCCGGACGAGGAAAUGUGCGGCAUGGAUAUGAAUAAGUUCUACGAGCUAAGCGCUGUAUCGCACCGAUUUCUCGUGACGGAAGAAAUUGUGAUCGGAGGCCAAACCCGUCGCGUCCAGAAGAUCCUCUUUUUCAGGGACAUCUGGUUGGAAUGUUUCUAUUUGGAGCCGAUAAAGCAGUACCAGUCAAAGAUCGAGGGCAUCGCUGCUACGUUGCAAGGUCGCAGUGUUGCUAGGCAACCAACCCAAACGAGAGCUGGUCAAAGUCGCCCUGCGUCCUCCCAGGCAUCACGCCGACCGCAGACGCAACAGCGUGCUUUACCGUCGCCUACUCGCCCGGCUACUGCGUCACCAGCGCCCAAGAAAGAUGACGGGUGUGUCAUUUUGUAAUAAACUGAAAUUUUAUUCAGUUUGCGACUUACUUUUGUAAAUUGUGUACAUAUAGAUUACAUAAAUCCGUUGUAAACUGUAUUCAAGAAACAGUCGCUCUUGCGAAUCCUCCCCAAUAGGAAAACGGCGGUGAUAGACUACCGGUAUCAAGGCAUCAAACAUUGUGCAAUAUUAACUGUGCCUAUCCCCCCCCCCCCCAAGACUUUUUUCCUUUUAGCUAAGUUUUAUUUGGAACAUUUUUGAUAGGUUGUUACAUUAUAAAUUCCUUUUAAUUGAAUAAUGUGUAAUUCCAUUCAUUACAACGUGGGCUUGAAAUAUAUGUUUGGAGGUUUUUUCCCGUCAUCUCAUUCUGGGCAAUUAAGCUUUUCCGAUUUUUCGUGUGAUGUCUGACCAACUUUUAUUUUUAGUCAGCAUUUUAGGCUCAUCACUUUACUUCGAUGUUUUGGAUAUUACACCGUGGGAGAUCGAUGUUUUUUGUUUGUUUUUUUUUGUCAUCUGGGCAAUUAAGCUUUUCCGAUUUUAAGUUUAAUGUCUGACAAACUUUUAUUUUUAAUCAACAUUUUAGGCUUAUUAUCACUUUACUUCGUUGUUUUGGAUAUUUUUCAUCUUGUAUUUUUAAAUCAUGCGUGUGAAUUUUUUCAUAAUUAAAAUAUUAAAUCUUGCAAAGAGCCAAGUGGAAUGUAGCACAUUUCGUUUUGAACUGAUGUUUUAAUGGAUAUGUACAUGUAUAAAAUAUGCAAAUACAAUAGUUUGUAAAUACUAUUUUAAAUGAAUUAAAGUAGAUAUGAUACUGUAUUAGUACCAUAACAUUUCUUGGUGUAUAUUUUGAUUAAUCCGAGCGAUUUAUAUCAAUUAGUGCUUCAGUUUUUAAGUAGAGUUAUAUACAUUUUAACUGCAUGCAUGUAAAUAUCUUUGUUAUCGAUAGAUAUAGAUAAUGACAUAUUUACAAUGAAUAUGAUUCAGACUGAAUUUCGUUUGUGUAUCUACAGUUAUCUGUUCUGAUGUUAUUUUAAAACCCACCGUGUUAUAGUUAAGGUGGUACGGGACACCUCCAUAUUGUGACGUAUCUCCGAUCGAAAUUAACAAUGAAAUGAAAUAUAAAUUCAUAAAUCUUUUCUUACCUGAAAUUGUUAUCUAACAGCGCAACGCAAUGGGUUAGAUUAUAAACCACGAAUCUGCAAGUCAUGAGUUCGAAUCUCAUUACACGAUUAGGCUUUCAUGAUUUUUACCUUUCCAAAAAUUUCUAAAACAAUGUUUUGGUUAAAUAUUAUGAAAUUUAAAAAUUCUAAAACGUAUUGAAGUUUUUUAAUUAUUGUGUACUUUUAUCCAAAUUAAUUAUAUCGACGGGUUUCCAAUAUGACCCUAAUAUAUUAAUACAAAUGUUGUUAUUUUGCAUUAUUAUGUUGCCGAUUUGUUUGAUGUUGUUAUUGCUUUUGUUGUUAAUAUGUGUGUAUUAUGAUUAUUAUUAAUUUUGGCAAAAAAAAUUUAAUGAUAUAUGUAUAUAUUAUCAUUCUGUUUUUAUUUUUUUCCAAUCGCCGCACAGAUGUAUAAACUCGACACAUACAAACGAAUAUUGUCUCUUUUUUCAAGUUUUGUAGCUUAAAAAUUAUCAAAUUGUACUCAUAUUUUAAUUACCAGGAAAGCUGAGGCGCGGCGGAAUAAAGUGAAAUAAAUAAAUAAAAACAAGAUUGCG